AUGGCUUCGUUGCGGGAGUCACAGCACUCGCUAUUAUCGGAAGAUUCGAUCGACACUGGACGCCAGCAUUAUUGGAAUCCACUCAAUGACCGCCUAUCCAACCCAGGCUUUCUCUAUCAAUUCGCCUCGGAAAGUACCUGGUCCGAAGAAGUCCUGCGCGAUGUUAAUGCGGGAAUCUUGACCGCAUCAGGCGGUGCCGUUCCCGCAAACAAGCGCGAUUCAAUAGAUAGCACCGCGACUACGACUCCACGCGAUACCUAUGAAACUCCUCAAUCUCCCCAGUCUCCAAAUACCCACGUGCGCUGCCCAAACCGAGCACCGGUUCUCCAUAAACGGCUAUCCUGUGGCCCGUUGACACUCUUGGUUCUCGCUUUCUAUGCUACCGUCCUUUUUGGCAUCUAUCUCGGCAUCGCGCUACGCAAGCCCCGAUGGCAUACUAUCUCUAGUACUUGA